GGACGUCCCGCAAAUUAUUUUCACAAGCGGAGAACCUGCAUCCGGACGACUUAACUAUUAAAUUGGUUGUAUGUGGAAAUAUGGCCACUAUGCACGGUUAAGCAGGAGGCAGUAGUUAUGUUGUAUUACCUAAAACUCGCUCAUGUCAGGCGGAAACAUCAUUUCUAAACAAUUUCAUGACAUUUUUCUCUUACUUUCGUUCGAUUACGCGUUUCGUCUAAGGUGCCCGAGGCAUUCAAACUGACUUUGAAAACUAAAUUAUGUGGGCAUAAGUGGAAGGUGCUUAACGGGCUCUGCUCGGCUAAGAAAGUGUGUUUUUAUGUUCUGCCUGAGUCAAAAUGCUACUACCAUUGUGAAACGAACUGAAAGAGUUCCCCUGCUUAUACCGCAGGAAAUGGAUUUCCCUAUGCGAUGUGUUCUCGCUAUUCUGAUCGGAGUUUCUUUGUGGUUCGCGUAUGGAGUAUUUCAGGAAAAUUUCUCUAGGCUUCAAAAUACACAAACAUCUCAGUGCCGAUUGAAUUUCAUUAGCUACCACAGCAGUCAGCUCGAAGAUUCUUGGCUGCGCCGAAUUAAAGAAUGGCAAAUCGACCCAUGCAGUGUUUUUCCUGAACAGAAGCGCGAGGCAGAAGUUUGGAUAAACUAUUCGACUUCGACUGACUUCAGCAGACCCGAUUUCAGCCCUCCAAGAAAUAUCUUCAGCUUUUUUCGAUAUAAACGAUCAUGCGAUGGUGGGGAAGUUAUAGUGCAUGUAGAACCUCUGGCUUUUUUAACAAGGCACCCGUUCUUCUGCUCAAAAGAACCAAUCGCUGGAAAGCCAAACGGGGAUUACGUUGUGGAUAAAUCAUACCUACUUCUGGACUGGGAUAAACGAAGAAAUUGGAUCAAGAAGCGGGCGCUGUACUUUGACCUAGGGGCAAGUACGUUCGAUAAUGGAGCAGGUGGGAACAGCCAGCAAUGGAUAAUCGAACAUUAUGCUAAGCGUGGCAUAUUGUUCGACUCAAUUUUUGCUUGGGAAGCUCUGGCUAUGAACGCUUUGGAUGUGUUCAAAGUGAUUCCGCAGCAGUACUAUCACAAAUAUCAUUGGUACAAUUUCCCCAUUACGGCAAAAGUAGAAGACGGAAGGAACCCUUGGACAGUUUUAUCCAAUACUGCGGAGUCUGAAGAUUUUGUAGUUGUGAAACUUGAUAUCGACAAUCCCGACAUUGAGAACGCUUUGGUGGAGCAAAUUAUGAAUAACGAAACUCUGAGUGGUUUGAUAGAUGAGUUUUACUUCGAGCAUCAUGUCAAUGUUACACCAAUGUGGCCUUAUUGGGGACAAUCCUAUGACCUGUUUUUGAAGGACACUUACAGUACUUUCCUUAAGCUGCGAAAGACUGGCAUAGCUGCGCACGGCUGGGUUUAAACUUCGAACUGAUUUUUGUGCAAAAUCGGUUUGAAAUUUGACGGAAGCUUUUGUAGUUCCUUAUCUGCCUAAGCAUAAUUGUUGGCUAAAGCAGGUGCAAAAACAUUUUCCCUGUGAGUAGCGAAAAAAAUAGUCAAGUCAUCAGCAUUACUAUAAUCGUCCCACUGUAGUUGUCAAAAUAUUCAACAGUCAAUAUCUAAAAAAGCCCAAAGCCAAGUUAUGCCGUA